AUGACCGAGCGCGGUACUAGCAUAGAUGGAUACGGCCCCGCGGACAUUAUCACGACGGACGUUGUCGUUCUCGGUGGAGGAGGAAGUGGAACUUAUGGUGCGAUUCGAUUGACCGACUUGGGGAAGAGCGUUAUCGUUGUGGACCAUCACGACUAUCUCGGAGGACACACAUACACCUACACGGAUCCCGCGUCCGGAAACAACACCGAAAUGGGCGUCGUCGCCUGGUAUGACAUCCCAGUGGUCCAGAACUUCUUCAAACGACUCGGAGUGAAGCUGCAACAGACCGAUAUCGCGCGCGCGGGCACCACGACGCUCACCACCAUUCCGGUAGACUUCCGUACUGGCAAGACGCUGACAAGCGUCUACUCGGGGAAUGUCACGCAGGGAUUGAUCAACUACGUAGAGCAGAUUUCGAAGUACCCGUACCUCGAAGACUCAUUUGACCUGCCGGAUACUAUCCCGGAGGACUUCCUCAUCCCCUUUGGUGACUUCGUUAAGAAAUACAACAUCGAAGGCGCUGUCCAGAUCCUUAAUAUUUUUGGAAAUGGAAUGGGGAACUUCCUAGAUCAAUCAACCCUCUACGUCUUCAAACUCGUCAGCUUGGCCAGCAUCCAGGCACUGCAAGAGAACAGCUACCAAGCCACCGUUUCGCACAACAACCGAGCACCCUACGAAGCCGCCGAAAAGAUCUUAGGCAAGAAAGCCCUCCUUAGCACCACCAUCCUCUCCGUCGACCGCUCUUCUCCCCUCGGUGUUAAAGUCCAGGUCCUGACUCCUACGGGAAAGAAACUUAUCAUCGCCAAGAAGCUCCUCUCGAGUAUCCCGCCCAAGCUCGAAAACUUGCUAGGCUGGGACCUCGAUCUGAACGAGAGGGUCAUCUUCAGUGAGUUCCUCAAUGCUGGAUACUACUCCGCCAUCAUCAAGAACACCGGUAUCCCCGACGGCAUCGAAGUCCGCAACUUUGGUGCUGACACCCCGUACAACGUCCCUUUCCUUCCUGGUCCAUACUUUGUGCAAUCUACCGACACGAAAGGCCUCUUCACCGUGAAGUACUGCACGCCGGCCCCAAUUGGUGAUGACAACGCGAAAUCUGCGAUCAUUGCGGCGGUCCAGAGGCUCAAGACCGCGGGUACGCUGAAUACGACGACGCCGGAGUUUGUGAUAUUCCAUAGCCACUCCCCUUUCGAAUCCACGGUAUCGGUUGAGGCAAUCAAGAGUGGCUUCUAUAAGAAGCUGUAUGCGCUGCAAGGGGGGAAGAAGACGUUCUGGACGGGGGCCGCGUGGCACGCUCAGGAUUCGAGUAAGUUGUGGCAGUUUACGGAGAAGCUGCUGCCGGACAUUGUGAAGGGGUUGUAA